CUCUUUAAAAAGGAACUUUCACAAAGAAUAAAGGUUAGAUUUAUUGCAGUUUCUGUAGGAUUCUAAGUUCAGGUGGUCAUUUCAAACCAACCAUCAGCAACAAUUGAAAAUAUUCACAUAACAUCUGUGGUUUAAACAUGGACCAAUAUGAGGAUGUGAAUGAAACAACAGAGACAGAUUCUUCAGGGAAAAGGAAAACUAGAUGCUGCAAUGCAUUCAAGAUGUUCUUUGUAGCUCUGUCAUGCAGCUACAUUUGCAAAACACUGGGUGGAAUGAUUAUGAAGACUUCCAUCACGCAAAUAGAAAGGAGAUUUGACAUAUCCUCUUCUGUUGCUGGUAUAAUUGAUGGAGGCUUUGAAAUUGGAAACCUGUUUGUGAUUCUGUUUGUAAGUUACUUUGGAUCCAAACUACAUAGGCCGAAACUCAUUGGAAUAGGUUGUGCCAUUAUGGGAGCUGGAGGUAUUUUGACUGCUUUACCACAUUUCUUCAUGGGAUAUUACAGGUAUUCUUCAGAAGCCCAUGAUAAUACAUCAGAGAAUUCAUUAUCUACUUGUUUAAUUGGUCAAACUUCAUCAUUCAAUGAAACACCAGCUGAAAUAGUGGGAAAAGGUACAAAUUUAUUUAUUCUAGACAGCAUCAGAAUAACUCCUCAGGAUGCUCGCUGGGUUGGUGCUUGGUGGCUUGGUUUUCUUGUGUCUGGACUGCUCUCCAUCCUUUCUUCCAUACCAUUCUUUUUUCUGCCUCGAAAUCCAAAUGAACCACAGAAACAAAGAAGGAAGGCUUCAACAUCUUUGCAUGGGCUCAAAACAGAUGAAGAAAAAAAUCAAACAGCUAAUUUGACCAAUCAUAGUCAAGAUGUUACUAUUACUGGUUUUUUAAAGUCCAUGAACUGCCUCCUUAACAAUCGCCUAUAUGUUUUGUAUGUACUUUAUACAUUGAUACAUAUCAGCAGUUUAAUUGGAGGAUUUACUUACCUUUUCAAGUUCAUAGAACAACAGUUUGGUCAGACAGCAUCUCAGGCUACCUUUCUUAUGGGACUCAUAAUCCUACCUAAUAUGGCAGCUGGAAUAGUUUUAGGAGGAUAUCUCAUUAAAAAACUGAAAUUAACCAUAGUUGGAAUUGCCAAGUUUGGAUUACUUACUUCAUCCAUUAACAUUGUGUUCCAGCUACUAUAUUUUGGUCUAAUCUGUGAAAGCAAAUCAGUUGCUGGCCUAACUUUGACUUAUGAUGGACUUAAUCCAGUGACAUCUCAUGCAAAUGUACCACUGUCUUAUUGCAACUCAGAGUGCAAUUGUGAUGAAAGUCAAUGGGAACCACUCUGUGGGGACAAUGGAAUAACUUACUUGUCACCUUGUCUGGCAGGAUGCACAUCUAGAAGUGGCAAUAAAAAGUCUACUGUGUUCUAUAACUGUAGUUGUGUAGAAGUAUCUGGAUUCCCCAGCACAAAUUUUUCAGCCCAUUUGGGUGAAUGCCCAAGAGAUGCUGGUUGUAAAAAGAAAUAUUAUAUUUAUACAAGCAUACAAUUUUUGCUUGCCUUUGUCGGAGCAUUGGGAGGCACUUCAUUUAUCAUGCUCAUUGUGAGAAUUGUUCAACCUGAAUUGAAGUCUCUUGCAAUGGGUUUCCAUUCACUGAUUAUACGAACACUAGCAGGAAUACUAUCUCCAAUAUAUUAUGGGGCCAUGAUUGAUACAACAUGUUUAAAGUGGUCUGUCACCACCUGUGGAUCACGAGGUGCCUGUAGGAUGUAUAAUUCAGUAUUAUUUGGAAAGUCAUUUUUUGGUUUGGGUUCAUCCUUAAAAUUGGCAUCAUUUAUUUUAAAUAUUGUAUUUUUUCAUCUUCUGAAGAAAAAAUAUGAAGGAAAAGAUGGCAAGACAUUGGAAAAUGGAGGAAAAGUCAUAAAUGAAGCAAACUUAGAAUCCUCAAAUAACAACAAAUAUUUUGUACCUUCUGCAACUGUCAAAGAAACAUAUAUUUAAAGGAAGAAAAAGAUCCUCCUUUCACUGUUUCCAAAAAUAAUAUAUUGAUGUGGUAAUAUGCUAUUUUUUAGUUCCUGGUCAUUUCACUAAGUAUCCCCACAAUGUACAAUAAUAGAAAAGUGAAAAAGGUUAUUAUGAAUGAAACAAUAAAGAAAAAGGAAUAGGAAUAGUUAUUGUUUGGGUACUGCUAUGAACCUGUGGUUAACAUUGCAAUAUAUGAUCCAUGAAAAGCUAAAAUGAGAGGCCUGGUUAAUAUGUAAUAGAGAAAAAGAUAUUUGCUCAGUUAAUUGUAACUCUUAAUAAUAUCAGUGACUAGAAACUAGGAAGAGAUGAAAAAAAGAAGAGAAAUUUGUACCUAAAUAAGGCAAAAAGACUGGUAUCUUAGAAAAGAGAAUGGAUAAUGUUAUUCUAGCCUGAAGUCUAGCCUGAUGGAGGCUUCAUGCAAUCAUGAAUAUGUAUUAUUCAUAUAGGUCACACAUUUCACAGACAUCAUUAACUGAAAACUUGAAAUUGUGUUUGACUAAUGAACAAGGUGCAUCUUCUUCAAGUAAAAUACUGCUGAAGAAAUUGAGAUACUAAAAAAUUUGCAAGCUCUGAUUAUCAGAAAACAUAUUAAAGAAUGUAAAUUUUUAUCAGAGGCAUAGAAAUGGAUUAAGAAUAACUGACUUUGCAGAAAGCAAAUGUUAUUUAAUAGAUAUGUUUUAAUUUUACCUAUCUUCUCUCUGGGAGACAUAAAGUCUAUACCAGAUCAAAAAUCAGCUAUCAUCAUUCCGUGUUUUUAAAAAUUUCUUCAGUCAUUUUUUUGUUUUGGUGUGAAAAACUCCAUAUUUUCAUAUUUGUACCAGACGAGCAAGAAGUAGAGUGAAUGAGAAAAAAUAUUUGAAUGGUGUAUUCUCUAGUGGCACUGACUCUUAUAAUGAAAGCUAGAGGUUGCACAUUUUUCCAUUCUCAUUGUUUGAAAAGGUUUUAUGCCUUGUUUGCAUUAGAAGUUAAAAAAGUAUACAAUAAUAUUUCACUCCAACCAUUUUGAUGUAAAACAUUGAUAAUUCUUCCUGGAUAUAGCAUAUAAAAUUUCUGUUUGUAAUGAUAAGACCCCUUGAUUGAAGACAAAGUACAGGUCAAGAGAAGAUAUACUUGUGAGUAGAACAAUGUCGUGAAUGCUGGCUUGAAGCUAAAAAUUGUCCUGGAAGUCAUACAUAUUAACCUAUUUUCAGGCUGUAGACUUGAGAAAAGAUUUAUUAAUCCAGCAGAAGUUUGGGACAAAACCCUUAUAUGCUAGGUUAUUGGGUGCCAUAUUAAAAAUAUUAUGCUAGUGGGAAGGUAUGCUAUGUCUCAUUAAAAUGAAUAGAAAUAUUGCGGUAAAUAUUGUAGUAAAUAAAAUCUUACUAAGAAAACAGACAAUAUCUUCAAUAUUUAUUGAAUAAUUAUUGAAUGGCAGUUAUUUGUCAGAUAGAAUGGGAUGAGAAGAAGUAAAAACAAAAAUGACACUCCUCUGUUAGCAUACUCUUUAAAGGGGGAGAUGGACAUUCCAAAUUAAAUAUGCAAUAUUAUAAAUUAAUAUAACAAAUUUACAAAUAUGACAGAUUCAGUGAAAGAGGAAAAUUAUUACAAAAUAAACUUCAAUUUAUUUGACUGACUGUAGAAUUUUAGAAUCCAUAAAAAUGCUAAUCAUUAAUCCAGUAACAUUUAUGAGAUAAAAAUAUAAAUUUUAGGGAAAAAUAGACCAUAAAUUCAAUAGAGAGAUGAAAACAGUAAGGCAAGUUUUCAAGGAAUUAAAUUAAGAUAAGCAUAUAUUCAAAAUAUACAUCGAAUAGGGUUAAAAGUAGACAAUGACUGAAAAUAUCAAAUCAUUGAUGGCAUUAAAUUUAAAUUCUCAAUAUUAACAAUGUGGAAGAAAAUGAUAGAGGGAAUUUGUGGAAGAAGGGCUUAGAAGGAAACCUGAAACAUCAACCUAGGAAGUAUGAAAUUCCUAAGAAAUUGCAGUUAGACAAAAAGCAUCAGUCAAAGACAAAAUGGAAGAAUCACUUCAUCCUAUGAAGAAAGAUGAACAUGUAGACCAGUCUCCAUUUGCACCCCAUCUCCCACCUCCAUCUGUUUUUGUGCAAUGAACCUUUUACCAUGGUCCUUCUUUUUCCUAAAAUGUUCUUUGUUUUCUCUAUUUAGCUAUUUUCAGUGUUCAGAUCACCCUGCCUUAAAAUUUUCUAAUAUCAUCGCUUGUUAAAAGUUUAUUAUAUCCAUAGCAACAUAGCACUUAUCAAAUGGUAAUAUGGUCAAGUGAUAAUUAUACAUUUAUUUAUGAUUAUUGAAUAACUAAAGGCUCUCUCAGUAGUCACAAAUUCCAGGAAAGUAGAAAUUGAGUUGUUUUACACAUUGAAUAUAGAUAGACACUACUGAUAGAGAGAGAGAGAGAGAGAGAGAGAGAGAGAGAGAGAGAGAGGAGAGUGGUAACAGAGGGUUAAUUUAGGGAAUUAUUUGAAGUACUUAUGAAGGCUGAGAGAUCACAGGCAAUCUGCUAGCUGGAGACCCAGGGAGGCCAGUGGAAUGGCUAAACCUCUGCUGAAAGUCCUCAGACCCAGAGAAGCAGAUGGUGUACUUCUCAUUUACAGGAUUAAGGUCUGAGAAGGCUGGAAGUCUUCUGAUAAAAGUCCCAGAGCCAUGUUCCAGGGCAGGAAAAGAGUAUCCCAGCUCCAUGAGAAAAGAGAUAGAGAAAUUUUUCCUUUCCUCAACUUUUUUUUUUUGAUUUAUCCAGGACCCAGGACUCAGGAACCUAGACAAUUAAAUGGUACCUGCCCACAUUAAGAGCAUCUUUCCUCUCAGUCAAUGACCUCACAUGUUGAUGUCAUCUGGAAACACCCUCACAGACACAUCCAGAAAUGAGACAUUUCUAGCUCCCUACAUACCCCUUAAUCUGGUCAAGUUGAUGUCUAAAAGUAAAUGCCACAUCUAUCUAUUUAAUUCCUAACAUAUAGCUUAGUGCCCAACACACAGGAGUUGCUUUAUUAUUUAUUUUUGGAACAAUGAGUGAAUGAAGGAAUACACAAGCAAAUUUCAAAAUACCAGUCAUAUAAAAUAUGAAUUCUAUAGAUAAGAACUUGGUAGCACAUGCAAAUAUUAAAAUACCUACAAUAAAAACAUGGAAUGGCCAUGAUUAUUUCAGGUGUUUGGAAAAUAUCUUUAUUGUAAAAGGAAAAAUAAGAUUUAAAUUAUAAAAAAAGAGAAGUAUCUUUUGACUGAGAUCUGUGUACUAAGUACAGGAGACAAAAACAUUUAGAAAAUAGAAAUUUUCCUGUUUGGUGAGCCCACAAGUGAAGUGGAGAACUAGAUAUGUAACAUGAUAAUAUGUAGUCUAAUGAAUGCUAUUAUUGAAUAAAACUGUUGAUGCUCAUUCAGAGAUAUGCUAAUCUGUUUUAAAUUCAAUAUGUGUACUUUUGGAGAUUUUACCAAAAUAAAAUGAUUGAUAAUGAUAAGAAA